AUGGGCGAAAUUUCUCUUGAUAGAGCACUCGUGCUUCUGUCAUCCGAGAAGCAGAAAGAGCGCUCGGAUGGGUUGGCUAACUUGAAGCAUAUCUUCCAACAGAAUAAACAAAACUCCAAAUUAAGCUCGUUGAAUGAUAAGGCAUGCCAUAAGAUUCUUGAAUCUCUUUUCCGGCUCAUCGCGGCCGAGAAGUCGGCGUUUACACGAGCAAAUUCCAAGGGGCCAUCUGCCUCUCGCUUGUCUACCUGUGCAUCUGUGAUACGGACGGCCGUUGAUGUCUUUUUGCCUAACCUGCGAAUCAAAUCUGUCCGUGCAAUCACUGAUCAUAUAACCGAUACCCUGUUGACGCCACGGUAUGACUUGUUUGACCUCCUAGGUGUUGAUUACACCAAAUGUCUCUCCACACUUCUUAACUACCCCCCACAUGUUGAGCAUCUAAGUGCCAGUGAAUGGGAGAAGCUUGUAAGCUUAUGUCUUAGAAGCAUAAGCCUCACAGAAAAUGAAGAGAAUGAACAAUCUUUCUCGAACAGUCGUCGAUCCACUUUAGACGACUUUCGGACCGGUGGUGGUAGUCGUGGUUCGACACCCUCCAGGGCGACUUCAGCUUUAGCUGUCAGAGAAAAGCCCAGGGGCAAUCAGAGCGCGAUAACUGAGGCUCUGAAUUGUAUUCAGGUGCUAACAGCGAGUCCGAGUGCCCCGAUCCAAGAUUCUGCCGAAAGAAUACUUGAAGGGCUGGCGGAAUUCCUCAAAUCAUCAGCAAGCAUUGGGAGUGGCCACCUGGCCGCGAUCAGCAGCUUGAACUCUGUUACCAUGCGAGUUUUGUUUGACCAGUCAAGCCUUGUUCGAACAUCCAUGCUGGACUUGAUUCCUACGAUACGACACCUGUGGACCACUAAGCUGACAAGCUUAAAGGAUGAGUUACUUGUCACUAUCAUGCUUUGUAUGGUCAUCAUAAUCAAUGCAGCUCGGAGGGAACCAUCUGAAUCACUGGCUCAGUUGAUUGAAAGCCUGGUGGAUGCUUUAUAUUUCGAAUACACCCGACGACCGGAGAAGGACUCUCUGCAAAUUGACGAAUUGAUAUUCUACCAAAAGGCUUCGCAGGAGCAAAGGUUCUUGAUAGGCCCUCGCCGUGAAAUGCCCAGAUCAGAGCACAAUUGGACUAUAGUAUGGGCCAUAGCAAAAUUGAUGGAAAUGUCAGAAGAAGUUAUUUCUCGUCUAGUCUUGCUUCGUAAUGCAGAUGAGGCAUCGAACAAAAGGCAGCGUCUAACAUCGAUGAUCCAAGACGUUUUGCGAGAUUCCACGACAUCUUCAGGUGCGAAAAGAGUAUGUGCGCUACAGCUGAUUCCCUUCCUUGUUAAAGGAAAAGUGAGCGUCGAAUCAAAGGAAUCAUUGCUCCGACGUUUAACCCCAUGCAUACUUGAUGAUAGCAGCACAAUAUCAUCUUGGACAAUGGUGGCGAUAGCAAGUAUUGCUGGUAGUCCAGGCGUCGACUCCAGCUCUUUAAAUGACGAUUGGCAACGAGUUUGGGAUCUCACAUCCCGUGCUUCUACCUCCCAUACAACAUCAAGGGCAGCCUGUACGCUCAUGGCAUCCCUUCUUCAGUUCGAACUUCUAGAGUAUUCAGCAAGCGCGGAAGCUAUUAAUUCGAUGCUUUCAUCUGUGAACUUGAACGGGCCAUCAUUGAUGUCGGAUUCGUCGCUGGCUUUUUGGGCUACGGUAACUAGGGCAAUUGCCCAAAUAAACCCGGGAUCCGUUCCACAUGCAUCUAAAUUGAUUUGCACGUGGCUACGAGAGGCUUGGACAAUUGGCACAAUAACUGAUCGGAUACUCACAGCGCAAGUUGCUACUUUUGCGCGUCCUUUGGAUAUCUUCAAUUUGAUCCUAGCAUGCACAAAUAGGCCAUAUGCUCCACCUAUGCUUCAAUACAGAGGGCCAGUGGGCUUGGUUGCUCGAGGCUGGCAAUUCUUCCAUAAGACCAAGCGGCUGUUGAGUUACGUUUUUGACCUGGAAGAGUCCCUCGACAUCGUCAACAUAUGGUGCCCACAAGAGGAGAUAAACCUGGACAUAUUCACUCAGCAAGACCCAAAUGACACCAUGAUACUGGAGCUUUUGCACGUGAAAUCCGAGAUCUUCCUACAAAAUUGGCGAUCUCUGUCAGAGGAUAGAUCUACUCAUAUCACUGUGGAUGUUGUGCAAAUACUGGCAUCCUUCUGCAUAAUAUCUACAUUGUAUACGGAGUCCAUGCCAAAACAAGCCGAGUCGCGCUCACAGAAUCUACAGAAGAACACUGAGAGUCUAUGGGAAAACAUAUGUUUGUUUUUGGGUGGCCGUGACCUGGAAUUUGUGCAGGCUUGCCUCGUGCUUCUAUCUCCUUUUCUCGGCCAAAAACUCUGCUUUCCAGGCCCCAAGUCCGCGAUUUUCAAAUUUCUUCACAAAAUCAUCAACCCGUUGUCCGAAGUUCUUGAAGGUCACAGACAGACUCAAAGAGGGCAGCUUUCUGCUCAGGGAGAAGACCACAUGGACCUGGACGAUCCGUUGCUGGGUUCUAAUGAUCGACCCAAAGAGACUAGGGCUAUCAUAAACAUGAACCGAGUGGCGAUACCUCUGUUCUACGACUUUGCUACAUUUCAGCGUUGCUUGACGAUAGAGUUGUCUGUUUUCCGGAGGCUGCAGGUACCUACAGAUGAAAAUGGACACCUUGCAAGCAGUAAUUUGAUUGAGUAUCUCGCAGAUUUGGAUGAAGUUGAUAUUCUGUCUGCGCGAGACUUCUUGCCCCAUGUUUACCGCGCUUGCUCAGGCAUGGAACGCACCUCAAUGCUAAGAGUACUAGAGGAUACAGGUGAGAAAUGUUUACAAUCAUAUGAGCUCGAGCGCUGCGAAAACUCCCACAUUCUUUGUAUCCAUUUGAUGCACAGCUUUGUCGAAGCGUGGGUAGCAGGUCAAAGUGACCACUUGAGCGACUCGGCUUCAGACAUUUAUACUUGGUUUACCGAUGUGCUACUAGCGAAAGGGCGAGCUUCACCUUCGGUCUUGAUAGGAUUCGCCGAGCUCUUGGGAGGUGUCCUUAAAUCGAACACUUCAUUCACCAGUGGGAAGUCAAGUCCGUCUGCAAGAACCAGCCUUCUCACUAUCAUACAGGAAGGUGAUAUUGCCGUGAAGUUUGGUGCUGCAGAUCUCAUCUGUCAAUUGUUUAACCAAUACCCACUGAAAGAUCAUGACGCUAUUUUCGAUGAUAUCCUAGACAGUCUUCCAAGAGACCCAGAUUGGUGCGAGGGAAUUGCUCUUCGUUUAUUCAUCCUAGCGCAGUUGGCUUCCCAGUGGCAUACCUUGCUGCGGAGGAGUAUCUACCAUAUGUUUGAGACUCCAGCUCAAAUUCCGGAAUCACUUUGGUACGCCGAGAAAUGUGUGGGUAGUGUUGCACGGAUCCUUGGACUUAAAGAUACGCGAGAGCUCUUUCGGUUGUUCUCUUCCCAGAUACUGUACACCUGGACCGAAACAGAAUCUAUUGCAUUGAUGCCUUUUAGUAUUUUCGGCUAUCCGAACCUCGAAAGCAUGCUGAACGAUGUUCAGGAUGAGGUUGUUGGUCAAAUAAUGAUGCGCGCAAGAGACAACGACAGUGCGGAACUCUCAAAGCACAUGAAAAAGGCUUGGACCGAACUUCUAGCAGAGUCAUUCUACAAAGCAGAGGCCUACACAAUUGCACGAGAUAUCGGUACCCCCCCUGGGCAAGGAAGUCAGCCAAAAGGCGUGGAAACUAGGGUCAAGAAAAUACUAGGGACCGAGAGGUUCUUGGAAUCAAUUGAUCAGCAAUUUGCACAGACAAUUGCAACUUUCUUUGUCUCAAUGGACCAGUACGAGCAGGUUGAAAGGGCUUUCUUGAAACGCGAGAGCUACCAUGGCGCUCUUCAAACCAUGAAAAACAUAACGGGCAAAAGUCUUUCGAAGGUUGUUCUUCCUGCCAACCAACAACCCUCUUUCAGGGCACGCUACCUCCUUGACGAGCUCGAAUUCUUUUGCAAACGGAGCGGAUACGAGCUUGAUACAAUAUGGACACCUACACUGGCUUCCUACAUCUGCCGCGCCUUAUUGGAAUUGAUACAUCCGGCUCUUGGGUCCCUUCAUGCUUGUUCUGUUAUACGAAAAAUUCGAAUCUUAGUAUGCGUAGCCGGGCCUGUCAUGCUGAGAGACUAUCCUUUUGAGAUGCUUCUCCAUUCUCUCCGGCCAUUUCUCACGGACAUUUACUGCUCUGAGGAUGCGCUGGGAAUUUUUUGGUACUUAUUGGAGGCAGGCAGGGACUAUUUAAUUGAGAACCCAAGUCUCAUGGCUGGAAUAACUGUUUCCACUUUCUUGUCUUUGAGAAAUUUUGUGGCUUCCCCUCCGGCGAAAACAGUUCACGAGAGCCUGUCAAGAGUUGUAUUAUCCACCAUCCAAGCAUUUAUGCAAUGGUUUGAGGCGUACCUGGACACGUACGACUCUUCGGUACUGAACUCUGCGACGCGUGAAUUGUUUCGCCGUAUGCUCAAGUCUUCCCAAGGGGGUCUCACGACAAAAGGGGGCCCAAAUGACACAUUGAAGCGUGAUUUGCUUUUCGACGUUCUCGAUGACCGAAGCUCGGACAAAAGUUUACUGAGCAAACCUACAUCAGAUCAUGUCAUAUCGCUGUUGUGCAUCGACUCUAACAAGCCUCCCGAUUUCCGCCAGCCCACAACUGGAGAGGAAACCCACCAUGUGCCUAACUCUGUGGCUAUCUAUGAAACUUUGCAAAAUUUUGAAACCAGUUCUCAAUACAAACUAUGGGCUGCUAGAAUCAUCGGGCGAGAGUUUGCUGCUACCGGAAGCAUUAGCAAUGACUUGUUGAGAGAGCAGGAUUUGGCUUUGUUCAAAACCAACCUUUCCAAUUUGUCUUUGGAUCCGUUUUUCUAUUCAAAAGCCAGCAUACUCCAAAAAUUGUGCAACAGACUACAGAGCAGCAAGCCUAUGGACGUUGGUCUCUUCGAGCGAACUUUACAACUCAUUGUCAGUAACUUGGCACAGUCAAACGUUUAUGAAGAGGCUGGAAUUGUCAUACCACCAUCAUUAAUGAAGGCUCUUACCUGGAAUCCUUACAAAUGCCCUGCUAUACGUGAAUUUGAAGUGCAUGAUGCUGUCAUCAACUGGGAUUCAGGCCUUUCAAUUUCUCAUUGGGCUCGCAAUGUGGGAAUGUUUCUGUCAAAAGCGGCCUUUGAGGACCCCGUUAUUGGACCGCUCAAGAAUAUUCUCUGCGCUAUUCCUGAGCUUGCAGUUUACAUUCUGCCUUAUAUCCUCCAUGAUGUUUUAUGCACAGAAUUUGACGGCGAUGGAACCAUUCGCCAAAGGAUUUCAGAUGUUUUCAGCCAGGUCUUGCGGGAAGUUAAUGACAAGACGAUCCCACAUGCACGACUCGUAAUCAAUUGCAUGCUUUAUCUUCGAAACCAACCCAGGCCUAAUGAGUCGACUAUUGUGGAGCGUGAUGAAUGGCUUGCUAUAGAUUUCGCCGAAGCCUCCUCGGCUGCCACUGCUUGUCGCUUACCAAAGACCGCAUUAUUAUUUCUCGAGAUACAUGCUUCUCGUGCCGUGUCUUCAUCGCGUCGUUCAUCAGUCGCUAAAUUCAGUGCCCCGCCAGCAGAGUUGCAUGAAAUUUUUAAGAACAUAGAUGAUCCGGACUUCUUUUACGGCAUCCCACAAAGUUCCUCCCUGGAGUCAGUCAUGGAGACACUCGAACAUGAAAGUUCUGGAUUCAAAAAUCUUCUCUUCCAGAGCGCAAAGUACGACAGUGAGAAGCAGAUGUCGGGAAGUCCGAACAACUUUGGUGUGCUGAAAGCGCUGAAUUCAACAAACCUACAAGGAAUUGCAAAUUGUGUGUUCACCUCUACUGGAGGAGGCACCAAGGACAUGGCAGUCUCAUUCGAAAGCAUGCUCCAAGCUGCAACCAACCUGAGACAAUGGGACAUUCCAAUUUCUCCGUUGAACCCUUCGCCUUCUGCGACCAUAUUCAGGGCCUUCCAAACUCUUAACACAUCAGCUGCCUUACCUGACGUCUCUGUGACCAUCGAGGAAAGCUUCCUGGCAACACUUGACUCAUUAACGAGUAAUAGUCGAUCAGCGAUGUCCUUACGAACUGCGACAAGAGUCCUUGGGACAUUGGCUGAAAUCAGCGAUGUCUUGUGUGCCAAAUCGGCUGAAGAGAUAGACCAUGAAUGGGAAAAGAUUGCAAGUAGAAGCUCUUGGCUAAAGAACACGAAUGUGCACGAGGUGGGAGAAAUACUGAACUGCCAUGAGGCUCUUUUCUCGUCGAUCAAGCGAAAAGAUUACUUGAAGUCUGCGAUCAAUUUAAACGAUCGACAAGCGCAACUUCUAGAAGUGAAUGUCAUUCGCCAGUCACUCAAAACUACAAGGAAUCAUGGCAUUGCGCAGGCCUCCUUAAAAUCAGCGGUCUGUCUUUCUAGACUUGCUGAUCACUGCACUUCUUUAGGCAUCAAUGUGGAAGGCGCGGCGAAAUUUGAUUUGGCCAACGUUUUAUGGGACCAGGGUGAAAUGACUGCCUCAAUUCGGAUGCUCCAACAGCUCGAUGAGCAGAAUGACCUACAUAAACAGGCAGUACCAAUAAGUCGUGCGGAGCUUUUAGUGACUUUGGGCCAUCACGUUGCCGAGGCACGUCUGGAAAAGCCGGAAGCAAUUAUUCAAGAGUACCUAGCCCCUGCAGUCAAAGAGCUGAAAACCCGAGCAGGCGGCGAAGAGGCUGGUCGAGUCUACCAUGGGUUUGCGAUGUUUUGCGACCAGCAACUACAGAAUCCCGAUAGUUUGGAGGAUUUCAGACGAAUCGAGCAAAUUCGCAACCGCAAGCAAAAGGAGGUACAAGAUCUGGAGGAAAUGAUGAAGAAUGCCGAGGCGAAGGACAGAGACGGUCUUCGAUACCACCGAACAAAGACAAAGCAAUGGUUUGACCUUGACGAUCGCGAGUAUCAACGUUUGCGACGAAGUCGCGAGGCAUUCCUUCAACAGUCUCUCGAGAACUACCUCCUUUGUCUAAAGGAGAGUGAAAGGUACAACAACGAUGCACUCAGAUUCUGUGCCCUGUGGCUUGAUACAUCCGAGAGCGAUAUCGCAAAUGCCGCGGUCUCGAAAUAUCUCCAUCAAGUCCCCAGCAGGAAGCUCGCCCCCUUGAUGAACCAGCUGAGUUCUCGGUUGCUGGAUGUUUCCGAUGAUUUUCAGAAGAUGCUAUUCUCGCUCAUCUUUCGCAUCUGCGUGGAGCAUCCAUUCCACGGCAUGUAUCAAAUAUUCUCAAGCAGCAAAUCUAAGGGCGGCAAAGACGAGACCGCGCUUUCACGCAAUCGAGCAGCAGGCAGGCUGGUAGAGUGCCUGAAGAAAGACAAGCGCAUAGGGCCAACCUGGGUCGCUGUCCACAACACAAACAUCAACUAUGUGCGAUUCGCAGUCGAUCGGAUGGAUGACAAGCUUAAAAGCGGUGCCAGAGUUUCCUUAAAGAAAUUGUUGUCUGGCCAACGUCUCGAGCAAGAUGCUGCUACUCAAAGACUACCGCCACCCACUAUGAGUAUUGACAUUCGUAUUGACUGUGAUUAUCGCGAUGUUCCUAAGCUUGUUCGAUUCAAUUCCGAGUUUACAGUCGCGUCUGGUGUCAGUGCACCGAAAAUCCUCACUGCUUUUGCCACCGACGGUCAACGUUAUAAACAGCUGUUCAAAGGAGGAAAUGAUGAUCUACGGCAAGAUGCUAUCAUGGAGCAAGUAUUUGACCAAGUCAGUAGCCUCCUCAAGGACCACCAAGCGACUCGGCAGCGGAACUUGGGGAUUCGAACAUACAAAGUCCUCCCUUUGACGUCCAACUCCGGGAUCAUUGAGUUUGUUCCACACACUGUUCCGCUGCACGAUUUCUUGAUGCCAGCACAUCAAAGAUACUUCCCGAAGAAUAUGAAACCCAACGUGUGCCGAAAGCACAUUGGUGAUGUCCAGACACGAUCAUUUGAAACCCGGGUCAAGACCUUCCGCCAGGUGACUGACCACUUCCAUCCGGUCAUGAGGUUUUUCUUUAUGGAGAAAUUCAACAACCCAGAUGACUGGUUCGCAAAGAGACUCGCGUACACGCGGAGCACUGCUGCGAUCUCGAUACUGGGCCAUGUUCUGGGUUUAGGAGAUCGACACGGCCACAAUAUUCUUCUCGACGAACGGACAGGCGAGGUCGUGCAUAUCGAUCUGGGAGUAGCUUUCGAGCAAGGUCGGGUGCUACCAGUCCCUGAAGUGGUUCCAUUCCGAUUGACUCGCGACCUGGUUGACGGGAUGGGCAUUACCAAGACGGAGGGAGUGUUCCGACGUUGUUGCGAGUUUACACUCGAGGCCCUUCGUCAGGAAUCGUAUAGUAUCAUGACUAUCUUAGACGUGCUCCGCUACGAUCCCCUGUACAGCUGGACUGUAUCACCACUGCGGAUGAGGAAAAUUCAGGACGCCCCAGAAUCGAAUGGGGCGCCUGAACCUCCGCGUGCGGCCGACCAACGCCCGUCUAACGAACCAAGUGAAGCUGACCGUGCGUUAACGGUGGUGGCCAAAAAGCUGGGUAAAACACUGAGCGUGACGGCCACAGUCAACGAGCUCAUCCAGCAAGCAACGGAUGAAAAGAACCUCGCGGUUCUUUAUUGCGGCUGGGCCGCUUAUGCAUGA